CGAGGACUGGCAGGGAGACGGCAAUAUGGCGAGAAUGCCUGGCAGCGGCGGCGGCGGCGGAGAGUGGAGCGGCGGCGGCGGAGGGGGCGGCGGGCGCGGCGGAGGCGGCGGGAACAAUGCGGGGGACCGGCCGUCCGGCCGCGGCGUCGCCCCCCGCCCGCACCGCUACUGCAGCGCCGGCGAGGAGGAGGAGGGCGAGGAGGAGGAUGAGAUCCAGGAGGUGCAGAUAACGGGGGACGAGGAGGAGGAGGACGGAGCCGAUGGGGGGCUGCUGCUGGACGAGGAGGAGGAGGAGGAAGAGGAGAUGGGUCUGGAGUGGGACGGCGAGGAGGAGACGGAGCCGCUGCCGCCCGCCCCGGGCCGUACGCCGGGCGGCGGCAGCAGCGGCGUCGGGGCUGCCCCGGGGGGCGCCGCGGCGGCUGCCCCGGGGGGCGGCGGCGGCGGCGGCCCCGGGGGGGCGGCGGAGGACGCGGAGCUGGAGGCGGCCCUGCUGCUGCAGCGGCCGGAGCGGGCGCGGCUGAGCGAGAACACGCGGCUGGCCACCCGCUACGCCGUGCGCAUCUUCCGCGAGUACCUGAGCGAGAAGGCGCAGAGCCCCGACUUCGAGACGAUGGACAAGGGGGCGCUCUGCCGGGUCCUGCGCUCCUUCUACGCCGAGGCGCGCUCUAAGAGCGGGCAGCUCUACUCUAAGUCCUCCCUCAUCAGCAUCCGCAGCUCUCUCAACCGCUACCUCAACGAGCCGCCCUACUGCCGCACCCUCGACCUCACCAAGGACCCUGAGCUCCGCGCCGCCAACCUCACCCUGGCCGCUGUCAUCCGCAAGCUGGAGGAACAGGGUGCCGGGCCGGUGGUGCAGAAGCAGGCCAUCACCCGCGCCGACCUCCGCAAGCUCUACACGUGCAGCGUGUUCAGCACUCAGAGCCCCUUCGGGCUCCUCAACAAGGUCUGGUUUGAGACCUGCAUGUACUUCUGCACCCGGGGCCGGGAGAACCAGCGGGAGCUGGAGGAGGACUCAUUUGGGCUGGCUGUGGAUGAGGACGGACGCAAGUUCGUCUACUUCAAGGCGCUGGGGCCCUACCACAAGUCGCGCUCGUCCUCCUGGAGCAAGAAGCGGGCGGAGAGCAGCGAUGAGGAGAACCUGCCCCGCAUGUAUGAGACUGGCACAGAGUUCUGCCCCUACGCCAGCUUUGUCAAGUACCUCUCCAAGCGCAACCCCCUCUGCAAGGCCUUCUUCCAGCGCCCGCGGGACCACUGCAGUGAGGGUGACAUCACUUGGUAUGAGAACAAGGCCAUUGGGAAGAACCUCCUGGGUACCCGCAUGCAGAUGCUCUCCAAGGCGGCCAAGCUCUCCAAGACCUACACCAACCACUGCAUUGGUGCCGUCUCCAUUGCCACCCUCAACAGUAUCGCUGGCAUUGGCACCAAGCUGGGAGGACUGCAGCCACCCCACCACCACCACCCCCCUCCCCACCACCACCACCUCCUCCACCACCCCGCUGGCGGGGGCUGCUACACCCCUGCCGCCCUCAAUGGUGGACCUCGGCCGCGGCCACCCGCUGCCAACCCCUAUGUGCUGCCCAAAGACGGUGACGCUGUGCCAGUGAAAGCGGAAGCGGCCGCGGUGGCCCCGGCCAAGCGGGCACUCUACGAGGCAGUGUUCCCGGCAGGGGCUGCGGCCGGCGGUGAUGCAUGUGGGCCCUCUGCCUCCCCCAAAAGACUCUGCCGCCGCCCCGCUGAGCCCCUGGAUGCCGCUGCGCCCGCCGUGGUGGUGGUCUCAGUGAAACAUGACCCCUUGCCUCACCUCCUCCCCGAAGCAAACGGGCACAGAAGCACCACCUCACCCACAGUAGUUUCACCUGCUAUUGUUUCCCCCACACAGGACAGUCGGCCCAAUAUGUCAAGACCUCUGAUCACUAGAUCCCCUGCAUCUCCAUUGAACAAUCAAGGCAUCCCCACUCCAGCACAGCUCACAAAAUCCAACGCACCAGUUCACAUUGAUGUGGGUGGGCACAUGUAUACCAGCAGCUUGGCCACGCUUACAAAAUACCCCGAUUCCAGAAUUGGCCGGCUUUUCGAUGGCACGGAGCCCAUUGUCCUCGACAGUCUCAAGCAGCAUUAUUUCAUCGACAGAGAUGGGCAGAUGUUCAGAUAUAUCUUGAAUUUCUUAAGGACAUCAAAACUCCUCAUUCCUGAUGAUUUCAAGGACUACAGCUUGUUAUAUGAAGAAGCAAAGUAUUUUCAGCUUCAGCCCAUGCUAGGAGAGAUGGAACGGUGGAAACAGGACCGGGAGAGUGGCCGCUUCUCAAAGUCCUGCGAGUGCCUGGUGGUGCGAGUUGCCCCAGAUCUUGGCGAGAGGAUUACCCUGAGUGGAGAUAAGUCAUUGAUAGAGGAAGUGUUCCCAGAGAUCGGUGAUGUGAUGUGUAACUCUGUCAACGCCGGCUGGAACCACGACUCUACACACGUCAUCCGAUUUCCGCUGAACGGAUACUGUCACCUCAACUCAGUUCAGGUACUUGAGAGGUUACAGCAAAGAGGGUUUGAGAUUGUUGGCUCAUGUGGAGGUGGGGUGGACUCUUCCCAAUUCAGUGAAUACGUACUGAGACGAGAACUCAGAAGGACAUCUCGUGCACCCUCUGUCAUUCGAAUAAAGCAAGAGCCUCUGGACUAAAAUGGACAUGUUUCUUUAUGCAAAAAAAAAAAAAAAAAAAAAAAAAAGGAAAAAAAAAGAGGAAAGAAAAAAUGGGACAUUUCAUGUGCAGUUUGGACUCCAAACAAGUCCUGGAACUAAAAUUGAAUAAAAGACACAUUUAUAUCAAAUAUAGAGACCACACCUGAAUUCAUAUGGGAACACUUGGAAUAGUAGUGAGAAUAAUAGUAACCUCAAGGUAUAAAGAAAACACACACACACAUAAAAAAAUAUGUAUGUAUAUGUAUGUCUGUACAUAUAUAUAUGUAUGUAUAUGUCAAAGGGUAGGAAAUGCAAUGACAAAAUGUGGUAGAUGAGGUUGGCGCUGUGAUGGCCAUUAAGUGUCCUAGGCCCUUCCCGGGCCCACUUAACGGUGUACAAGCCAUUGCCAGGGGGGGAUUCAUAGGCUACUCUUCACCCAUUUUCCACUGCCAAACAGCCAUCCACUUUUUAAUGUGUACACACCUUGACUCAAUUUUAUUUGCAUAUGGAGGUUUAUGUCUGUCUUUUUUAGAGGUGGAUGGGCAGGUGUUCAGGAGACGACCAUCCAUUGCAUUGGAAAGCUGAAAUUUUAAAUGUAGUUUGUACAGAAGUCGCACACUUUUUGUCUGCCCUCACAGAUGUGAAAGGUUAACUUUUCUUUUGAAUGAGUUUUUUUGUUGUUUUGUUUUGUGUUUUUCAAAGGGGGCCAGAAUAAUUAAUAUUUGGUAGAGAUGCUCUGGUUUGAAUCUGCUGCUUUCCUACAAUUUUUUCAGAUUUUAUAAUGUAUUAAAUACAAUAAACUCCUGUUUAAAAUAACAAGGGUCUGGUUUAAGCUAACAGAAGCAGAGAGGUGGGAUUGCACUGCACUCCAGUGUAUGGAGGGGCAAAGAGAGCACUGGGGCACUCUGCCUGCACAGAGUGGAGUGAGUUAAAGGCAGCAGAGGCUGUUGAGGGAUCUUCUGGUGUGGUGCAUAUAGCUGCUAUUCCUUCAGCACUGUCCCUUUUAAGCUUUGUCCCAGCUGGAAGAGAAGCUGUUGGUCAGAUGUGAAAAUAACACCAGCUCAGCCCAGGGAAACCCAUCAAAAAAUGACAGCUGGUUCUGUAACCUUCACUGUAACUUGCAUAAUUCCCUCUUGAUUAAGGAGUUGGCAGCUUUGACUCUCCAAGCCCCUGCCUUGCUGAGCAUUAGUCAGCCUGUUUGGUUUUCAUGUUGCUCAUUUCCCUCGUUUCAAGCCAUUGUUCUUCUGCCUAGAGAGAGACAUGGCCAGCCCCUUGGGUUACCCGCCGGCUGUGUGGCCCUUGGUGGCAGGCAGGAAAUCCGCGCCCUGCGCCCUGCGUUAGAUGUCCUGCGAGCUGCUCUCUUGCAGAGUCACACUGAGGCCACUUCAGCAGGCACCGGCUCCAGGCCUGUGAGAUUUUGCAGAGGCACCACAUCCCGCUGCCGAUGCACAGACCGCUCACAGGUUGAUGCACCAGCAACCACCACCUUUCCUCCAAGGUGUCUUUUUAUGCACUGUUACAGAAUAUGACUGUGUGAUCAUCCUAGUAUGGAAAUUUCUAUGAACACAAUGGUGCUGGCAUUCCAUUCACUUUGCUAUUUAUUUAAGAAAAGAAAAAAAGAAACUGUUAGAUACAUGUAACAAGGUUUUUAAUAGUCUGAUAACUAAACAAAGCAAGUUACAUUUUUUCUGGAUUGUAUUAAAAGAUGUCAGAGGAUAUAAUUAAAUAACUGGCAGCACAUAUCAAUGGUUUGGAAUUACUGAAAUAUAAAAAUGAGUGAGGGAGGGGGCUCCAAAAAUUGAGGUUCAUUAGCGGGUUAUUAGAUCUUCAAUGUGAUGCUGAUCUGUCUAUUCACAGUACUGAAACAGCUGCCUCAUUGAAAAUGCUUGUUUUCAAUUAGCAGCAAGAAGUCCUCUUACAAAAUAAACAAAUGCUUGCUCUUA